GACAAUGGACUCGCCCGUCGUUAGGCCUUUGCAGUAGGGAGUUGUUUUGGCGGAGCCCGCAAGUUUUUCGUUACUUUACAUCUUAUUUUUGUUUCUCUAAAGAAAGGCGAAUUCACCGUUUUUAUCGCCGCUUGCCUCGUCGUUCACUCGGUGUGUCGACGGACCGUAGAAACGAAGUGUUUGUUUUUUUUGGGGGGGGGGGCGGUAGUCCACAACCAGGGAGCCGAAGAAGGAAGGAAGACCUCGGUGAGUCGGGCUGACUACGGCGGAGCUUAUGAUGCCGACGUUGCGGGACAGCACCAUGUCCCACCCCGGCGAGAAUUCCCACCAAGUCCGGGUGAAAGCGUAUUAUAAAGGGGACAUCAUGAUCACUCAUUUUGAGCCGUCCAUCUCAUACGAGGGUCUGUACGGGGAGGUGAAGGACAUGUGCUCCAUGGACAAUGACCAACUUUUCACCAUGAAGUGGAUCGACGAGGAAGGUGACCCCUGCACCGUCUCAUCUCAGCUGGAGUUGGAAGAAGCUCUGCGUCUCUACGAGCUCAACAAAGACUCAGAGCUCAUUAUCCACGUGUUUCCAUGUGUGCCAGAGAAACCCGGCAUGCCCUGUCCGGGAGAAGACAAGUCAAUAUAUCGGCGUGGAGCCCGGCGCUGGAGGAAGCUUUACUAUGCCAGUGGUCACGCCUUCCAGGCCAAGCGCUUUAACCGGCGAGCCCACUGUGCCAUCUGUGCAGACCGUAUCUGGGGUCUGGGAAGACAAGGCUACAAAUGCAUCAACUGCAAACUGCUGGUGCACAAGAAGUGCCAUAAACUGGUCACAGUGGAGUGUGGCAGACCAAUGAUCCAGGAACCAGUGAUGCCCGGAGCUCCAUCGAGUCCAUUAGAUCCAACUGAGCAGCCAGGCCCGCAGAAUAAAGACUCCAGAGAAAGCUUGCCUUACGAUGGAGAGGAGAAAGAGGCGCGGAGCAGUAGAGACACGGGGAAAUCGCCUUCCAGCCUGGGCCUGGCAGACUUCGAUCUGCUGAGGGUGAUCGGUAGAGGCAGCUACGCCAAGGUGCUGUUGGUGCAGCUGAAGAAGACAGAGCGCAUCUACGCUAUGAAGGUGGUGAAGAAGGAGCUGGUCAAUGACGAUGAGGACAUCGAUUGGGUUCAAACAGAAAAGCACGUGUUUGAGCAGGCGUCUAAUCAUCCCUUCCUGGUCGGCCUACACUCCUGUUUUCAGACAGAAAGCAGACUCUUCUUUGUUAUUGAAUAUGUGAACGGUGGAGAUCUCAUGUUCCACAUGCAGAGACAAAGAAAACUCCCAGAAGAACACGCCAGAUUCUACUCAGCAGAGAUCAGUCUGGCGCUCAACUACCUCCACGAGCGGGGAAUCAUCUACAGAGAUCUGAAACUGGACAACGUGCUGCUGGACUCUGAGGGACACAUCAAACUUACAGACUAUGGCAUGUGCAAGGAGGGUUUGAGACCAGGCGAUACAACGAGCACUUUCUGUGGUACCCCCAAUUACAUCGCCCCCGAAAUACUCAGAGGAGAGGAUUACGGGUUCAGUGUGGACUGGUGGGCGCUGGGCGUGCUGAUGUUUGAGAUGAUGGCGGGCCGGUCGCCCUUCGACAUCGUCGGGAGCUCUGACAACCCAGACCAGAACACAGAAGACUACCUCUUCCAAGUAAUAUUGGAAAAGCAGAUCAGGAUCCCGCGCUCGCUGUCAGUCAAAGCCGCCAGCGUCCUCAAGGGAUUCCUCAACAAGGAUCCCAAGGAGCGUCUGGGCUGCCACCCUCAGACAGGCUUUGCAGACAUCAUGGGCCAUCCAUUCUUCAGAAACGUCGACUGGGACCUUCUGGAGCAGAAGCAGGUGGUCCCUCCUUUCAAGCCCAACAUCUCAGGGGAAUUUGGACUGGACAACUUCGACGCCCAAUUCACCAACGAGCCCAUUCAGCUCACGCCUGAUGACGAUGAUGUGGUCAAGAAGAUCGACCAGUCAGAGUUUGAAGGGUUCGAGUACAUCAACCCACUCCUGAUGUCGGCGGAGGAGUGUGUGUGAGGGACGCGAUGUCUGUGCUCACACACACACCACCCACACACACACUCAUGCACGUGUUACGUGGCGUCUCAGUGUCUUCAAGCUGCAUGGUUACGAGACAACCUGACGACAUCAACCUUCUGUUCGAGGGCCGCACAUGCACAGUAGAACGCUUAUUUGCCAAAACAGUCUCACACUCAGCCAUUUAUAACCACUUGCCCUUAAGCCUACCUUCUUUCUUAAUUAUUUUUAUAUCAUGUAAAUCUGCACUGAUAUCAAUUUUCUCAUCGGGGCCUCUUUAUCGGUAGCCAACGAGGCUACAAAGUUCUUCCAAGGUUUGCUGUACGCGGGGGAGGGGGUGAGGGAGGGGGUGAGGCACAGCCCCUGACACAUGAACUGAACAUCCUCUCCUUCCAGCUGGCGGGGUGUUUUCAAUGCAUAUUUUAUUUGUAUAUAUAUACGAAUCUACUAUUUGAGCUUAAAUGUUAGAAAAGGCCUUUUUUUUUAGCUUCAAGCCACAAACUGACAACUUGAUCAUCAUGAAGUCAAUUUGAGUUCGGCUUUGUGGCAACAGCCUGAUCUGUAGAGGAAAGAAGACUCAUAACACUAGCCUUUAAAAACAAAAAGAUAAAAAUCUAUAUAUUUUUCUCAUUAUUUUCUUUUUUUUUUUUAUUUAACAACAUAGCAGUCAUUAAAUAUGUUGUUCUGAGUGUUAAAAGUCCAGCCUGAGUUACAGACCCAGAAAAGGUUUGGGCUGUCGUUGCUUACAUGAAUACGCAACAUCUGGAAAAACAGAAGUCGUCUGCCACACGUCUCUUCUCCCCAGAAUGAAGGAGCGUAUACAGCAGCAUCCAACCAACGCUAAUCAAGAGUAACUACUCUCAAACUGUGAAUGAAAACGCUCGCUAAGCAGGGAAACGGGCACGGAAGAUGAGCACGUGAUACCUGCACGCUGGAGCACAGGUGAAAUUUUGCUGUGCAGACCAUCCAUGAAAUAAACACUCACACAGGACCAAAUACAUUUUUCUGAAAAAUGUCUUGCUGGUACGAAUUAGAAAGGUACAGUAUACAUAAGGAAGAUGUGCUGUCCUAAGUCAUAGAAUUUAUAUAUUCAGAUUUUUUUUUCUUUUGCUAAUUUUUUAAUACUAUGCCUUUUUGGAAAUGUUUGGUCUGUUAUCUUUUUUUUGUACUUCCUCCAUUCCAUGUAUGUCUUUUGUUCAAAAUACAAACUGAUUGUUGAAAGGAGAGCUCGGUUGGAAGUCUAACACACGGUGCAGUUUUGGUCCUAAAAGGCGACUUGAAACCUAAACUGUGCGUUCCAUUUUUAUUAUUAUUACCAUAUCAAACCCGCAGUUCAUUAUCUGAAUUUGAUGUUUUGUAAGACUGCUUCAAAGCAUACGGAGGCUCUGUAGAGCCGCUCUCUUCCCCCUGACUGUAACGACACUAUGUGAUGGUGCAUGAACCUCCAGACUCUCGUCCAAUCGAAGCUUCUCUCUACUUGGAAUAAUGUUUUCGGGGUCUCACGCGGUGACCAGAGGAACACAUUCAUCUGUUACACUUUUGCUAUGUUUCUUUUUUUUUUUGUGAAUCCGAUUUAAUUUCGUUUUUUUUUUUUAUAUAUCACUACAUUGAUUCCAAGAUGUUACUGGGUGAACCCAAUGGAAACACUAUUUGUUGUACUUGUUGUGUUUUGGGGGUGUUUACCACCCAGAGGACUCUGCUGAACUUUAUUAUACGUGUGCAAAGAAAAAAAAAAAACAGACGGUAAAAUAAACAUUUUAUUUCUCUCCUUGUGAUAAAA